AUGAACAAUCAGAGUAUUAAUAAUACAGAAGAUGAUCAAUCUAUUCGUUAUUUUAAUAUCUAUAUUAAUCUUUUCUAUAUAAUCUUUGGCAAUAUUGGUAAUUUAUUUAAAAUAGCAUUUCUUCUUCAAAAACCUUUAAAUUCUCUUGCAUGCACUGUUUAUUUACUUUUUUCAACAUUCAGCGAUCUUAUUACUCUUAAUAAUUUACCAAUUCUUCAAUUAUUAAUUCAUCUUUAUCCAAAAUAUCAUUGGAUUAAAGUUACUAUUGAUUGGUCAAAUAAUCAAAAUGAAACAAUACUUCUUACAUACAAAAUAUCUGUAUAUGAUAUUAUUAUAUGUAAAAUACGUAGUUAUUUACAUAUGUUAAGUACUGAUUUAUCAUUUCAAAUGAUUUUAUUUGCGUCAAUUAAUCGAUUUUGUUCAAGUUAUCAUAGAAAAAAACGUCAACAAAAUCAAACAUCUUUUCUCAUCAGACACUUUUGUGAUUAUUCAUAUGCUUAUAGAUUAUGUAUACUUUCAUCUAUAAUAUCUGCAUUAUUAUCACUUCAACAUAUAUUUAAUUUUACAAUAAAGUCUCCUAUAGAAGGUUGUAUUCCACAUAAUCGUAUUUUAUGGGCUAUAUGGAUAUCAUCUAUUCAUUGUUUUCUUUUACCAAUAUUAAUGAUUAUUUUUGGAAUAUUAACAUUGAAAAAUAUUCAUUAUUUAUCAGUAUUUGGUGAUUAUUUUUAUUGUUUACAACGUCGUCGUCGUUGUCAUAAUCGGCGACAAAAACAUCUAUUUAUGGAAAUGUGUUCACAUUGUUCUGAUUGUCAAAAUUCAACUCAUUAUCAAAUCGAUAAACAAUUAACAUUAAUGAUCAUAGGUGAAAUACUUGUAACUAUCUUAACAUCAUUACCAUAUGGUGUUUAUGCGUUUUAUUAUCUUAUGCAGGCUAUAAAAAAAAGAACAAUAAUUGAACCAAAUCAAUCUUCAUGGAUUCCAUUAUUGGAAGUUUGUAUUAAUCAUGUGAAGAAACGAGUUUCAUGUUAUCUCAAAGACUUGAAAAGUCGCUAUGGUGGUUUUGAAAAAUUAGAUAAAGAGAAUUUUUCACCAGCAAUAGAGAAAAAGAAACACAACGAAGUAAGAAAUAACAUUUCGUCUUUUUCAAAAGAACAAUCAUCAAGUGAUAAUGAUGAUAAUAUUCAUUCAUCUGUACCAUUGGCUAGUAGGAGUCGUAAACGACGACGACUAGCCGACGGUAAACCAUACAGUGGUGGUGUUGGUCGUAUGACUAGGGUGAUGGAACACAAGCUAGCAGAUAACUAUGGUCUUGCCAUUCGGCAAUGCAGUGAAUUAGCUAAGAAUCUUGAUGAAGAUCAAGCAGUAUCGUUGAUGGAACGACGUUGUCGUGCUGCACUUCUACACAAUAUAAAACAAUCUGAUCGUGAACUUCGGCAUGCUUUCUGUCCCACAGGACCUGAUUCCUGGUGCUCUUAUGAAAAAGACAAACACGUGCCGGUUUUUCUCGAAAUCUUGUCUCCAAUGAUUGAUAAAUUGACCAAUUCAACGUUUUUAUGUCGGUGCCUUAGAGGCAUGACACAAAAUGCCAAUGAGUCUAUUAAUUCUGUUAUGUGGUCAAUUCUAUCGAAAACAAAAUAUCAUGGCUAUCAAUCUAUUCGAGGUGCAGCAGCACUCUCAUCAAUAUUCUUCAAUCGUGGUCGAUCAGGACUUGUAAAAUUUUUUGAUCAAGUUGGAAUUCCUGUUACAGAAGAAUUAUUAGAUACUCUUAUUGGAAAAGAUUACAAACGAAUAGAAAAAGCUGAAAAAAAUACUCAAAAAACACCAAAUUAUCAAAAAACAGAAAGAACAAAAACGAACAGAAGCUCGAAUAGAAGAAGAUGA